GAAGCUCCUCCUAGGCGGCCGUCGGAGGCCACGGCAAGGUCUAUUCCCUGUAGAGUCGGGUUUUCUCGCCAUCUGUUACGGGUUUUCGGCGGCACCCACCGCUCAGCGCCUGCGCAGACUGAGGACCACGGUCACCAUGACAGCGACCGCCGGGGCCCCUGGAUCUUGGAGUGAAAACAUACUGGAAUAUUUUCUCAGAAAUAACCAGAUCACAACAGAAGAUGGCGCCCAGAUCAUCUGGUAUCAUGCGGCUAACCACAAGGUGCAAGUGAAUGAGGCACUGAGAAGUACUGCUCAUAUGAUAGAGGCUGAUGUCAUUUUUCCAAGUGCUGGAUCAGAACAUGGCCAACCAAUCAUGGCUCAUCCUCCUGAAACAAACAGUGAUAAUACUUUACAGGAAUGGCUGGCUGAAGUUAUAAAAAGCAAUAAAGGCAUCAAACUGGAUUUUAAGAGUCUGGCAGCUGUAGAACCAUCCAUGAUGCUCUUGGAAAAUGUGAAGAGGCAUCUGAAGCGUCCAGUAUGGAUUAAUGCUGAUAUUCUUCCUGGUCCAAAUGGAAAUAGCAGAGUAGUGGAUGCAAAACCUUUUAUAGACACUGUGACAUCCUUCUUUCCAGAUGUGACAUUUUCCCUAGGUUGGACAACAGGAUGGCAUCCUGAGAAAGUCAAUGAAGGUUACAGUUGGAUAAUGGUGAAAGAGAUGGAAUAUAUAUGUAAUGAACUAAAUCAGCUUGUAACAUUUCCUGUCAGAGCAGCAUUAGUCAGGCAGUCUUGUUCUCAGUUACUUUGGCUGUUAAAGCAAUCAAACAGAAAACCCCCGGAAGGGAUAGCGGGGCCACUUAUAAGUGAAUAUGAAUGUUGGGAACGUCAGUGACAUUUGUGUCUCUUCACUGUCCCUUCCAGUCGUGCUUUCGACUGUGGCCUGGCUACUGAAGAAACCAGGUUAGAGCUGUGGUUUUUGUGUAGGGAACAGAUGCCUUGAUCAGCAACACAAUCUCCUCAGUUCUUUUGUCCAAAAUUGGGCCCAUUUCCAGUGCUACCAGUCUGGGUUUCUAAAGCCAUUUAACAUUAAUUCAGAUACAGCGGGACCUAAUUUAGGCAACAGCAGUGUGAAUUUUAUUCUCUCUAGUCCCUUUGAUGUUGAUGAAGGAAUGAAACAGGAAAAUAUAGUUCCACCAGUGCUAAUUAAUUUUUUCUUCUGUGUGAAUUUGGGUUAGAGACAAAUGAGAGUAACUGUUUUUAGGGUUAUUGGAAUUCUUCAUCACUGUUUCUUAUCUUUCUCUUUUAACUAUAUAAUUCUGUU